GCUACCGAUGCAGUCCAUGCCCAAUUAUUAGCAUCGAGGAGUCUGUAUGAAAGUUCUACAACUCAUGCACCAGUCACUGAAGAUGAUGAUAUUACGUGUUUGUUGCGAGAGAAUGCAGAAUUGAAAUCUGCAUUGCAAGCAGAACAGAAGAAAAAUAUACCUGGAGAAGUGAGGGAAGAUCAGAACAUUGCAAAUAUUCUGCAAGAAUGUUUGCAAAGUAUUGAAGCAAAAGUGGAAAAAAUUCAAGACCAAUUUCAAAAGCAAUUGGACUCAGUGGGAAAGGCAAACAUGGAGAAAUUAGCGGAGUUAGAAGGAAAAAUGACAAAAAUAGAAGACUGGAUGAGAAUACGGCCACCGUCUUUAGUAUCUUCUGCCAGUUUAGCUUCCAGCAGUGGUGCUUCAUUAGAUACAGAGGAAAAGGUACCUCUUGGAGAUGAAGUUUUCUGCUUCAAAGCUGCUUAUAGUAAAUUGAUAAAUGUGGAAGAGAGCCACGCUGACUGGGCAUAUGCUCUGCUCAAAGGAGUCUUUGGAGAUAAAGCACAUUGUAUGAGGAUGCGAAUUAGCAGCAAAUGUUCUGAGAACGAGAAGUUUUCUCAAAACUUCCUCAUGGUGGCCAAGUUUCUGCACCGUAAUUGGCUUAUCAAACAGACAAUUCGGGGUAACAGUGGGCAGCUGCAUUCAAAAUACUCACCUGCAGAAGUGGAAAAGUAUGUGAAUGCACUCCCCGCUUAUCUCGCGGAUCGGGCUUAUGAUAUGCAGAGUGGCUCUCGAGGCGCCAACGUGAGAAACGCCCCUAAGCGCAGGCGAAAUGAAUCCACCGCGCCGAAACGAAAUUAUAAGAGAAGAGGACAGCCACUGUCAUCGCAGCAACUACCGCAGCAGUCAUCACACCACGACCCGAUCUCAUCAGAGCCGUCAUCAUUGCAGCAGUACCAACAUGUCGAUAAUUUACAGUCUCAGCAACAACUACCGCAGCAGUCAUCACACCACGACCCGAUCUCAACAGAGCCGUCAUCAUUGCAGCUGUACCAACAUGUCGAUAAUUUACAGUCUCAGCAACAACUACCGCAGCAGCCAUCACACCACGACCCGAUCUCAUCAGAGCUGUCAUUACAGCAGUACCAAGACGUAGAUAAUUUGCAGUCACGUUAUUUAAUUCCGCCACCAACAUCAGAAGCAGAACCAAUGGGAUUUCAACAUGUUGAGACUACUGCAACCACAUUUACAAAUCUUUAACGUCAUAUAACAUAAGAUUAGUGCCUAACUUGAUGUUUUUUUUUUAUAAUAAAUGAUAUUUUUUCACAUAAUUGUAUUUAUUGAACGUUCACAAAUCAAACGCUUAUUUUUACACCGUUUAUUUGAAUGACAACAGUUAACGCUUGUGAAAUGCUCAACGGGUUAGACUACUGUGACGGCACGAAAAAGCAGGUAGUUUUCAGAUGCGAAUUGUACACCAAAUGCGAUUUUACGCCAAAUCGUCCAUUAAUGCUUAAAAAAUGUAAUAACAAAGUUAUCCGUUUAACAAAGAUACACCGUUUAGAAAAGUGUCGUUUUGAGAAAAACGACUUUUUCUUACUUACCGCUAAUCUGACAUAUCCUUGUUUCGUUCAUUGGACCUUCUACUUCAAAUCCAGCCUCUUCUGCAGCUACUCUCGCAAAUCUACGAGCAAUCCGAUCCUCUUUAGGCGCAUCUCGUACGAUGAUCUUCUGUUGCGGCGCACGAAAUUCGCUCCUCGACGAGAUUUUUGCACAAAGUAGGUGCGAUCGGCUCAAUUAUAAUAUUAAUUGUUUGUAUCAUUAAUAAAAUGCUUGUAUA